AUGGCGCAAGCACAACCCCUCCAAGGAGUCUCAAUACCACGCUACGAAACUCGCUCCAGCGCCGCUUCCACCUACACCGUCUACGCCGUCGUAGUGCAACUCCCCGUUCCAUCAUGGACAGUCUAUCGACGCUACUCCGAAUUCGUUCGACUGGAUAAAAACCUUGCUGCUUCACCCGCCUCUUCCGCUGGCACAGGUGAACCAAGCGGAGCGGGUAAACGAGCUCCUAAACCACUUCCACCCAGAGAACGUGCAAGAGGAUGGAAAAAGACCUUUUCCGGCUUUCUCUCCUUUGCAUCCGGCGACCAAGGCAACAAUGACUUUGACGAACAAAUGUGGCUCAAGCAUCGUAUGGCGGCACUCGAGACAUAUCUCAAAGCGAUCGUCAUGCACCAAGAUCCUAGCUGGAGAGAAAGUGAAGCGUUCAAGACAUUCAUCGAGUGGCCCAUGUCGAUCAAGAUGGUCACUACCCCAUCAGCAUCCUCUUUCUCUUCCUCUUCCUUUCCCUCUGCUGGUGCUGCGGCUGCUUCACCACGUGCACCUCGUACAGCAACACACAACACAACAUCCAUGCCAGGCACUCUCCCACCAGGCACCCGCGUCCUCGGUUCAGCUGCAGCUUCGAAUCAACCUCGUCCACCAGCAGAAGAAACAGACACCACCCGACCCCUCAACAAGGCCCAACUCUUCCAAUCUCAAAACGAUGCAAUGGACCAACAAGAUCAACAGCUCAACAAUCUCACCGCUAUCCUACGCAGACAACGACAGAUGGGUGAAGCCAUCAACCAGGAGUUGGGCGAACAGACCGAAUUGCUCGGCCAGCUCGAUUCAGAGGUGGAAAUUACACAGGCAAAGCUAAGCAAAGCGGAUCAGAAGAUGGAUAGCUUUGAUGCAGGAAAAGCAAAGAGCAAGGUUGGGUUUGGGAACAAGUUCUAA